CCCGCCCAUGGGCGCAGGCUCUGGUUGCCCAGCUCCCCCGCGUCCACCUCCGAGAUCCCUCCACGCCGACCGUCCGGGCUCCCCAGACCCCACGCUGCAUUCCUUUGGGUCACAGACCGAGACCCGUUACCUGCAAAGCGGCUCGACAGUCCUGCAGGGAAGCCAGUUCCACCCAGUGUCUCCGGUCCCCUCCAAGCCUGGAAGCCCAAGUCCAGCUAGUCCCAUCUGGUCAUAGCAAGUUAGAGGUGGAAUGAGCACACAGAGAAAAGCUGAAUCUGAAACCACGGUGGCUGUCUACACUGUUCGCUUCCAGACCUUUCUUCUGCCCUUUGCUCUGUAACUCAGUGACCUUACUGACCAAGUCUUUUUGCAUGCUAGAAUCACCCUAGGCAAGGUACUGAGGUCAAGAGACACCUUCAUCCCCCUCAGCUGACUCUGUCCCCACUAUGGAAGAAUCUCAGGCUGAACACUCAGCUCCUAGCAAGGCCAGUAAUGCAGACACUGUUGAAUCUGAAAAACACAAGGCCCUGGAUGGACCAGAGAAGUACCCUCAGGACAAGGACAGUGCAGAGGCUGAUGGGAAAGCUGAAGAAGAGGAGACCAGAGACCAAGCUUUGCCACCAGCACAGGAUGGGGAAAACCUUGAGUGUCCUCCUCCUGAAGCUAGCUCAAGUCCUCCUGGGCCAGCUUGUGGGACAUCAUCUGAGGUAGAGACAACAGAGGUGAUUUCCAGGCCGCAGGCGCUUCCCCAGUCCCCCAGGACCCAACAGCCUGAUCUCGAUUUCUACUGUGUCAAGUGGAUCCCUUGGAAAGGAGAACGGACCCCCAUCAUCAUGCAGAGCACCAAUGGCCCUUGUCCUCUCCUGGCCAUCAUGAACAUCCUCUUUCUUCAGUGGAAGGUGAAGCUGCCUGCUCAGAAGGAAGUGAUCACAUCAGAUGAGCUCAUGACACAUCUCGGAAACUGCCUCCUGUCCAUCAAGCCCCAGGAGAAGUCUGAGGGCCUUCAGCUUAAUUUUCAGCAGAAUGUGGACGAUGCAAUGACCGUGCUCCCUAAACUGGCCACAGGUCUGGAUGUCAAUGUGCGCUUCACGGGCGUCUCAGACUUUGAGUACACACCCGAAUGCAGCAUCUUUGACUUGCUGGGCAUUCCUCUGUACCAUGGCUGGCUUGUUGAUCCACAGAGUCCUGAGGCUGUGAGUGCUGUUGGAAAACUGAGUUACAACCAGCUGGUAGAGAAGAUCAUCACCUGCAAACACUCCAGUGAUCCCAACCUCGUGACAGAAGGCUUGAUUGCAGAGCAGUUCCUGGACACCACUGCAGCACAGCUGACCUACCACGGCCUGUGUGAGCUCACAGCCACCGCUAAGGAAGACGAACUUAGUGUCUUUUUUCGAAACAACCACUUCAGCACGAUGACUAAGCACCAGAGUCACCUGUACCUGCUGGUCACCGACCAGGGUUUUCUCCAGGAGGAGCAGGUGGUGUGGGAGAGCCUGCACAAUGUGGAUGGCGACAGCUGCUUCUGUGACUCCGACUUCCACCUGAGUCAUUCCCUAGGCAAAAGCCAGGGGGCAGAAGGUGGGAGCGGCUCUCCAGAGAAGCAGCUGCAGGUGGACCAGGACUAUCUUAUUGCCUUGUCCCUGCAGCAGCAGCAGCCACAAGACAUGCUGGGCCUUAGUGACCUGGAACUGGCCCAGCAACUUCAACAGGAAGAGUAUCAACAGCAGCAAGCAGUUCAGCCUGUGCAAGCAAGGGCCCCUUCCCCCCAGGGGAGAGGAGCCACCUCGAGACGCCCAGCUGGAGAGCGGCGGCAGAGGUCGAAGCCCGAGUCAGACUGUGUUCUGCUCUAACUCUGCCCAGACGGAGUAAUCCGCCCCUUCUUUCAGAGGUGGUGACUAGCUGGCUUGCAGCACGGCCCCCUUCCCUGAGGCAUACAGGGUAACCUGCAUGCACUGUUGGGGAUGAGAGCAGCCAGCAGGUGCCAAGAUCAGGCUCGGUGCCUCAUUCGCCCUUCUGUGUUGCUGCCUUCUCUUCCCCUCCUCCAGGGCCACAUGGGUGGGGUGAAGGCCUCUCCCAUCUCCCUUUCCUGCAGUAACAGGAAGUACAAACCCAGGCUGCUUGGUGAGGUACCCAUCUGUAUGCAUCUGUCCUGAGUCCUGCCUGCCUGGCCGCUCCUGGGUUGCCACAGGCCUGUCUUUGUUUUCAAGAGUUUGAUUUGGGUUUCUAUCUCUCUGAUUUUUAAUGCCUUCCUAGGGGUUUGGAAAUAAAACUUCUUUCCUGA